AUGGCCAAAGAUCCAGUUCGCGUUCUCGUCACCGGCGCUGCAGGGCAAAUUGGAUAUGCUCUUGUACCUAUGAUUGCUAGAGGAGUGAUGUUGGGUCCUGACCAGCCUGUGAUCCUCCACAUGCUUGAUAUUCCUCCAGCAGCAGAGUCAUUGAACGGAGUUAAAAUGGAAUUGGUGGAUGCUGCAUUCCCCCUUCUGAAAGGUGUUGUUGCAACAACUGAUGUGGUUGAGGCAUGCACUGGUGUCAAUAUUGCUGUGAUGGUUGGUGGAUUCCCAAGAAAAGAAGGUAUGGAGAGGAAAGAUGUGAUGUCUAAGAAUGUCUCAAUUUACAAGUCCCAGGCUUCUGCCCUUGAAAAGCAUGCUGCUGCCAACUGCAAGGUUCUGGUUGUUGCUAACCCAGCAAACACCAAUGCAUUGAUCUUGAAGGAGUUCGCUCCAUCUAUUCCCGAGAAAAACAUUUCUUGUUUGACUAGAUUGGAUCACAACCGGGCUCUGGGCCAAAUUUCUGAAAGACUUGGUGUCCAGGUUUCUGAAGUGAAGAAUGUCAUAAUCUGGGGUAAUCACUCAUCUACUCAGUAUCCUGAUGUUAACCAUGCAACUGUUGGGGACAAACCAGUCCGUACUCUGGUGGCGGAUGAUGCCUGGUUGAAUGGGGAGUUCAUAACAACUGUUCAACAACGUGGUGCUGCAAUUAUCAAAGCUAGAAAGCUUUCAAGUGCACUAUCAGCUGCUAGUGCUGCUUGUGACCAUAUUAGAGAUUGGUUUCUUGGAACUCCUCAGGGCACCUGGGUGUCUAUGGGAGUAUAUUCUGAUGGUUCUUACAAUGUUCCAGCUGGACUGAUCUAUUCAUUCCCUGUCACUUGUGCCAAUGGGGAAUGGACAAUUGUCCAAGGACUUCAUAUUGAUGAGUUCUCAAGGAAGAAGUUGGACUUGACGGCCGAAGAGCUUUCUGAGGAGAAGGCAUUGGCUUACUCAUGCCUUUCUUAG